GUUUCCAUGGAGAUGGAAGAUGGCGCCCAGAAACCUAUUCCUGGGAACUUUAUUUCACCCCAGUCAGAACAGAAGACAACAGCCAUGGGUCUCUGGCUUGUUACUUCCAAAACAUCAUGUUCUGCUGCUGAAAGACCAGCCCACACAGCUGACAGCUUGUCUGCCACAUCACUGCUGUUGGAGUCAGUGUUUCACUUUGGCCUGAAGCACCAAGCAACUAGGAACAGCCGGCUUGGAGAGUCUGCAAAACCAGCUCCUGCUGCUGAAUUUCACUCCUUGCUGCCUGACACCCAGCUGUAAAGUGGGGCAGGUGGCACCCUACUGUGCAGCUGGGCAUGUGCAGGAGCUCUUUGAUCUUAGCUGGACCUGCUGCCCUGCCAGGCCGCCAGCUCUCCUCUACACCCCUGGAAAUCCUGCUCUUCCUCAAUGGAUGGUAUUAUGCCACUUACUUCCUCCUGGAGAUCUUCAUAUUCAUCUAUAAAGGGCUGCUAUUACCAUACCCCUCUGCCAACCUGGCCCUGGAUCUUGUCAUGCUCUUCCUCUACCUCGGCAUUGAAGUCACUCGGAUAUUUUUUGGCUCCAAGGGGAACCUGUGCCAGCGGAAGGUGCCGCUCUCCAUCAGCCUGGCCUUGACAUUCCCAGCGGCAGUGAUGGCGGCCUAUUACCUGCUGCUGCAGACCUACGCCCUGCGGCUGGAGGCCAUUCUCAAUGCCAUCCUGCUGCUCUUCUACGCCGUCGAGCUGCUCCUGGGCAUCCUCACCCUGGCCUCCUUCUCCAGGGUGGAUUCGUACUAAGGCUCCAUCCAGGUUGUUCUGGGCCAGACAAGGCUAUGCAUUGCCCCAGUGCCUGGGACCGAGGCCACGCAUUCCCUCCCUCCACAGCUGGUCUGAUGGCAGCGUCCCAGCCCCUUGGAGCAGAGCUAGACCCAGCCACAGCCUCAUUCCAUAUCAGCCCCUCCUGGGCAGGAAGCCACCGCUGGUGUGCCCAGUGACUUGGAGAGAGACUGUAACUCGCAUCCUAGACCUGGCGCCUCAUGAAGCAGCCAUUCCAUGUGCCCAGGCAUCACUCACCCGCUGCAGGCACCGCCCUCCCCCACCUGCCAGGCAUUGGGGGGGGAAAGGGGAGGAAGAGGCUGCUGGGAGCUGUCAUGGAUCCCAUUCUGGCCCCUACAGCCAGGGCUUAGAGUUUGUUCGAGCCCACGCACACAAGGCCAGGUGGCCCCUGGCCCAGACCACACCCCGAGGGAUCAUGCCUGCACCUGCUGUGUCCUCCCAUUUCAGCAUGGGGGCGGAGGGGCAGACGCCCAGGGCCCCCCGUAAGUAUUAAUAAGCUCCUGUCUAUCGCAUGUGUGCAGUGACUGAUGGGGAGGUGUUUGCGCCCACUCCCCCAGAUUCAGUGUUGUUUGCUGUAGCAGUGACUCGUGGCACUUUUUCCCCUCCUCUCGCACCCUCCGAAUCAAUACUAUUUUCCAAUAAAUAUUUAUUUUUCUGCUA